AUGAGACAAACGAACAGCACUAGGCAGAUGAAAAACGGGCUGCAGAAAAAAUCAAUUUCUUGUGAAGAUGGGAAAAAUAAAGUUCCCAUGGAACUUUUCCUUCUACAUUCAAAUCCCGUUGCAUUUUUAACUCUUCAACUUCGAAUAAAGUCUCGCCUGUUUUGUUUACUCAUCUCAUUUUCAAGAAAGAUGCUCCGCUCCAGCCAUUUGAAAAGCCAAUUUUAA